UAAUAUUUAAAGUAUAAAUUACUGUCGACAUAACAUAACGCCUGUGUUAAAAUACGGUCUUAAUGUGAACAGAUCUCGCAAUUAAUUCCCUGGUGGACCUCUGAAGACAGCGCACCAUAAAGUCGCUAGAAACAUCGAUAAAGAUGUCAGGCCAUCGGAGUGUUUUCAAUGUCCGUUUCAUUUUCUUUUACAUGUGCUUUCUGCAUGCAUGCAUUUCUAGAACAUUGAACGAGAGUCGUCAAAAAAGAUACACGGAGGAUGAUACUUGUCAUGAGUCGAAAACAACCAUAGAAAAAGUUGACAAUUGUCCUCAAAACAUUGGAAUACUCAACAGAAGAUCGAUUAAAAAGAAUUGUAGCAGACAUCAAACAUGCACCGGGGAUCGUUUGGUUUAUCAUUGUGUUAUGAAUGGAGGGGGACUUGUAGAGGUCUGCGCUCCCAGAAGUCUAAUUACAGGAAGGUUUUGUCCAUAUUAUGAAACGGGAUUAGGAAGAGUCAUUGAGAACACAAGGAAACGCUGUAUUAUGUGUCCGUUUCAGUAUCAAUCAGAUGAAUAUUUGAAAAAUAAAGAAUGUAUUCCUGCAUCUUUGACUAAAGAAGGUUCCAGUGGACAGAGUUCUUCGAUCAAUGCAAACAUUACUACACCUAAACCUAAUCCAAGCAACACAAACAAAGGAAUAUCCAUUGCUGAAGAUUUAGGAAAAACAGAUUUUAUCUUUACUGUUAAGGAUUUAGGCAAAAACACCAAAUACGGCUUAAAUGACGAGUCAGUUGCAUCAGGAGAAGAUUUGAGAAACGAAGACACAGAAAAACAUACUGAUCAAAAUGAUACUGAUAUCAUUGUGUUAGUGGUAGUGAUCAGCAUUUGUUGUUGUCUUGUUUUUUGGAUUUCACUGACCUGCUUCUUUCGAAAACGCUUGAAAACAUUUUGCUCAAUGCAUGAAGAUGGACAGAAACAUAUUAACAUUCAAAAAGAUUCAAAAGAAGCUCAAUUUAACGACCUGUGUUCUGGGAGUUGUGAACCAAUGAUUAUAAAAAAGGAGUAAACGUCAUUUUGACACACAUGAUUUUUUUUAGGAUCUAGUCAAGACAUUUGAAGAUUUUUUCAUUUUAAGUUUUUACUCCAGAUUAUAGGUGGUCAAGGUCAAUAAGUAACAUUCGAAUUUGGA